AUGGAUGAAGCAGUGGGACAGAUCAACUUUGGCGUUCUCAUCAAGACCUUUCCUUCCAAGGGAAAAAACUACCCCCCAAAUCGUGAUCCUGGUUCAAUCCCCAUGUGUGGCUAUGAUAUUUAUGUGGCUCGUCGUGGUGAGGGUUGGAAUGUGACGAAAGCAAACCCCAAAGUCACUUAUCGCGUCGGGCGUGACGAAGAUGUCAGCUUGGUGAUUCUUCCAGGUGAUGCCCUUGGUGAAGGUAACUACAACGACAUCUCAUUCCUUAUCCAUGCCAUCCAGCGAGCGCUUGAAGAAAAUAAUGUGGUUUUUGAACCACAAGUUGUUGGGAAAGCGGAUUAG